UGCAGGCAGUGGACACCGAGCUUACUGCGGACUCGGUGGAAUGGUGCCCGGUUGAGGGUUGCCAGCACUUGCUGGCCUGCGGAACCUACCAGCUGCGAGCGCCCAAGGACCAGGUGCAUGGCUGGGAGGGUGAGGCCGGGGCAGGAGAAGAGGGACUGCUAACCUAAAAGGUCUAGAACUGAGUACUAAUGGGAAGGGACUUUCUGGGACUGUGCCUAUUUCCGGAAGGUUCUCUGAGCAUCCAAAAAAACCGCUUAAGAGAAUUAUGGCUAUGUAACUGCUGGCAGGUCGGAACUGUACUGGCUGUACUGGAUCCGGGAGAGCUCCCUUGUUCGUUGAACACUUAGCAGGAAAGGUUUUCUCAGAAAUUCAAAGCAUCUACCUUAGAAGCUGUUCUCUGCCUUGGCCCUCCUCUUUGCUCCAGUUAGGCUUCCCAUCCUUUAUCUCAGCACCUGUUGAGGUAAUCAGAGAAUAUAUUUUGUAGCCUGCACCGGAUGGCAGUGAGCCUCAAGUUCGUUUAGGUCGUCUCUACCUGUUCAGCUUCAGUGAGGACAACACGGCUAAACCUCUGCUUGAGGUCCAAAGAAGGGAUUCUUCUGCUGUCCUGGACAUGAAAUGGUAGGAUUUAGGUGCCAUAUCCCAGUGUCUGGCCAUGUGCUUUUAGGCUUGGCAAAUGCCAGUGGAUCUGUAGAGCUGCUCCGCCUGAUGGAAUGUGAGUAGAAGAACAGCUACACCCUGCAGCUUAUAUCCAGCCUUACCCUGGAUGAGAGCUGUCUAUCCUUAUCACUGGAUUGGUCCACUGGGAAAUCUGUAAGGGCCAGAGAGCAGCCGUUGAAGAUCAUUAGCAGUGACUCUAAGGGGCAGCUGCACCUCCUGAUGCUGAAUGAGGGCGCAGCUCAACUACAGCUGCUGGCUUCUUGGCCAGCCCAUCACUUUGAGGCCUGGAUCGCUGCUUUCAAUUACUGGCAAACCGAACUUGUAUAUUCAGGGGGAGAUGACUGCCUUCUGAGAGGCUGGGACACUAGGAUGCUGGGCACGCCUGUCUUCACUAGCAAAAGACACUCCAUGGGCGUGUGCAGCAUCCAGAGCAGCCCCCAUCGGGAGCACAUCCUGGCUACCGGAAGCUAUGAUGAGCAUGUUCUGCUGUGGGACACUCGGAACGUAAGACAACCGUUGGCAGAUGUGCCAGUGCAAGGAGGCGUGUGGCGGCUCAGGUGGCACCCGGUCCACCACCAUCUACUCCUGGCGGCCUGCAUGCACAACGGCUUCAAGAUCCUCAACUGCCAGAAGGCCAUUGAGGAGAAGCAGGACAUAACUGUUGUAACCUCCCACACGAUGCCUAACUCAUUAGUGUAUGGGGCUGACUGGUCCUGGCUUCUUUUCCACUCCGUGAAGCCCACACCUGCCUGGUCCUGGGAUCAAAAUGACGUGGGAGUCAAAGCAGCAGACCACGAUAGCCUGAAGGCUGCACAGCAGCUGCCAGCCCCUUCUCAGGAGCACACAGUGGAUCACCACGGGGAAGGCCCUGCGCGAGCUCACAGCAGAGCGGAACUGAAGGAUCCUCUGCUUCCACUAACAGAGGACAGGAAGAGCAACAGCAAAGGAUCCUGCUCACCCUCAGUCAAGAGGAGUGGUCUUAGCCGCCGCCCUAGUGGACACAGCUUUGACAGCAGCCUCCUGGCCACCUGCUCCUUUUAUGACCAUGUUCUCCACCUUUGGAAGUUGGAGACAAAGCAAACCUGAGGCUGCACUCUUUGCAGGGAUACUGGAUGUGAUCUGGGGAGUGCUGGCCAUUGAGAAUGGUCUCUGUGAUGCUGUCGUGGCAGUGAGUGGGAUUUUCUAGCUCUAAUAAAGUGUCUUGGGUAUAUUUUUAUUUUCAGCUCUCCACUUGUAUUUAAGUCCCUGCUUAUAUUAAGUAAAUAACUCCUAAUUU